UCUUUGUUGCAUAUACUCUGUGCAUGUACGGGCUGUACAGUUUCAUGCCUGUAGUGGUAAAGAUGACCAGUGCCACGGCUGUGAACCUCUCACUGCUAACUGCUGACCUCUUCAGUCUCUUCUGUGGCAUGUUUCUUUUUCGCUACAAUUUCUCAGGCCUGUACAUCGCGUCUUUUGUGGUGAUCACGCUUGGUUUCAUCAUGUUCAACAUCGUACCGACCUACACAGCAGAUCAGUCUUAUUCCACUAAUGACAGAGCGUAUCAUCUUGCUUCAUCUGCAGAUGUCCAACAAGAUGGAGACAUUGUAGUAGACUGGCUGCAAAAGGAAGGACAGGAGAAUCAGGACAGGACAGGAUCAAGUCACAAAGCAUAUUGCAAUGGAUUCUGUUCCCAGAUAUAAAGCUCUACAAUGUAGAGUACAGUAUUGAAUUUUAUAGAUUUGCUUUAGAAGGGUUCAUAUUUUUGCCAGUGUCAAGUCAGUAUUUAAUCCAUUAUUUAAGGAUUUUAAAUCCACUUCACUGUGCCUUGACUAUAUUUUUAUGUACACCAAUUUGCAUAUAAAUGUUAUUUAAAUCUGCUGAGACUUAAGUUGACACAUUACAAAAAUAGAAAGUUGUCAUCAUGCACUAUAAUGAUCUGUGCAGUACUACCUUAAGAGGUGCUAACAUCUCAAUUCCAUAUGAGAUGCUGCUCCCAGUAUGAUUACUGAUAUUAACAUUCUUUAUGUUUGUCACAUUCUGUUUGUCUCACUUGUUAUUUUUAUUUGAGUUACAAAAUGACUACAAAACUGUACAUUUGUUGGUACAUUUAUUAGUAUUGAAUGUUUUUUUUUUGUUUCCACAUUUGAAAAUGAUUAUUUUUGACCAGUAAAGUGUUUCUUUCAUUCAUAGUUAAGCUGUAAUAGUGGUGUUUGUCAAAUAUGCUAAGUUGAUUUUACAUUAAAACAUUUGUUGGCUUAUAGAACAUAUUUUAAAGACUCACAUAUCUCCCCACCCCCAUCCCCCAAGGGGGAUGAUUCUAUUCUAUACCCACUGUAUAUUAAAAUAAUAGCAAGUCAUCCUGGAACCCCCUUGAAAGUUUACCGAGGCCCUCUGCUUGAGGACCACACUAGAUUUUCUUUAUGGACCCCAGUGUACCAAACCCUGGUUCUAGAGGAGCAAA